AUGACAUUAUCACCUUAUUCCUUUGAUACCUUAAUUGAUUCCGGGGCUUUUGGUUCCAUUUGUAGCUGCCAUAACCGAUUCAACAAUAUAGACUAUUCAUGCGAAAUAAUUCCGAUGGAAAUAAAAAAUAAUGAGCAGCAAUUACAAGUAUUUAAGCAUGAAAUCUGUUUAAAUGCCCAAAUUAAUCAUCCCAAUAUCAUUAAACUCGUCGAUGUCAUGAUUGAUGCUAAUAACAUUUACACAAUUUUUGAUAGCUUCAUUGGGGUUACGCUAGAUAGCAUGGUUCAAAAAAACAAUGGAAUUGAUGAACAAACUGCUGCAAAGUACUUCAAACAGAUAAUGAGUGGCAUAUCAUACUUACAUCAUCGAGGAAUUGCUCAUAAAGAAAUAUCUUUAAAGAGCAUACAUGUUUUAAUGGAUAAUACAAUCAAGAUAACAGAGUUCGGAGUAUACAGACAUCCAUCUAAGAGUUCAGGUAUGACUUUUGUAUAUAUGCCUCCUGAAGUACUGCUUGAGAAGAGUUUUGAUAAGUUUAAAGCAGAUAUUUGGACUGCAGGCAUCUGUCUAUACGCAAUGACAGCCAAUCAUAUGCCUUGGACUGUAAAUGAAUCAACUCCUGUAGAAAGCGUUUGGGAAGACAUUGAGAGCCAAAUAUGCAGUGGAGAGAUUAUAUUUGAUGAUAAUCAGUCAGAAAUGCUCCAAGACCUCCUCAGUCAGAUGUUAUCUAUCGAACCUGAUUUCAGACCAGAUGCGGACGAAAUUCUCAAUCACCCAUGGCUUGAGAUGAUGGCACCUGAUGAAAAUAUCGAUGCUCCUGAACCAAAUCAGAAAAUAAUAUUUACUGUCAAUUCAUUGAUUAAUGAUAUUGAUAAUAAGUAA